CAGUUGAUCAAAAGUUUUGACCCUGUUACAAGCAAGGUAGUAGCUUCAUUUGACCUUUAUUCCAAAAACUAACCAUCGGAUGAAACUAUAAAAGGUAUAGAAGGAGAAAUAUAAAAUCAGCAGCUCAUUUAUUAAAAUCCACAUUUAAGCCAAAACAAUGGCAAGUUCUACUGUACCUGGCAGGAAACAUCGAUUCAGGGGUGAUAGACAUUUGUUCUCGGCUUCUGAUGACACAACAAUGUUGAACCAACUUCGAGCCACACAUGCCCCUGAUGGCCGUGACAUUGAUGUGAAACCUCUACUUCACAUCAUUGAGGACAUCUUUUACCGUGCUGCACCCACCAUCCCUGGCUCUACUCAGGGAGAUCAAGCACACAUGGAUGCGCUAGAUGACAAGGCAUUUCAAGCUGGCUAUGGAGAGCUGAUAGAACUAUUGGCAUUCACCAUAAACAAAAUCUCUAACGAGAUAGUUUGCAAGUGUUCUGGUAGUGGAGAUGCACAUACAACAACUCUAUCAAUAUUCAACAUGGUCUCAAACUACUCUUGGGAUGCAAAAGUGGUCCUUGCUCUGGCAGCCUUUGCUGUGUAUUAUGGUGAUUUCUGGUUAAUUGCCCAACUCUACACAGUAAACUCAUUGGCAAAAUCUGUUGCAAUCCUUAAGCAACUUCCCGAGAUAAUGGAGAACCCAGAUAGCCUUAAACCCAAGUUUGAAGCAAUUGGCAAUUUAAUCAGAGCCAUGGUAAAUGUUACCAAUUGUAUCGUGGAAUUCAAGGAGCUCCCACCUCAGUACAUAACUGCAGAUACACCGGUAUAUGAAAGUGCUGAUGCUUUGAUCCCGACAGCUGCUUACUGGAUCAUCAGGAGUACACUGGCCUGUGCAUCACAAAUUGCGGGUCUAAUAAGCAUGAGUAACGAGUAUAUAUCGUCAACAACAGAGGCUUGGGAGCUGUCAAGCUUAGCUCAUAAGGUCAGCAGCAUAUAUGAACAUCUACGAAAGCAACUAGAUCUCUGCUACCAACAGAUUGAUGAAAAGAAACAUAUAGAAGCAUACCAGUUGCUUAUUCGCACAUUUGAGACACCCCAUCUUGACAACAUGAAAAUUCUCAGGCUUCUGAUUUAUUCCAAGGACGAUCAACUGCCCCUUUGGGAUGGUUCUGGAAAUAAAAUCGUAAGCAUAGAUGUAUUGAGGAGAAGAAAUGUUCUACUACUAAUUACAGACCUGGAUUUUUCUCAUGAAGAGCUUUCAAUUCUUGAUCAAAUGUACCAAGAAUCAAGGCAACACCCAGCAAGGGUGGAAAGUCAAUAUGAAGUUGUGUGGCUCCCGGUGGUCGACAGAUCUUCCCCUUGGGAUGAUAAAAAACAAAAACAGUUUGAAGCUCUACAAUCAAUGAUGCCUUGGUACACUGUGUAUCACCCUUCAUUGAUUGACCCUGCAGUUCUUAGGUACAUAAAGGAGGUGUGGCACUUCAGCAAGAAACCCAUGCUUGUCGUCCUGGAUCCACAAGGUCGAGUCACAAACCCCAAUGCUCUAUACAUGAUGUGGAUUUGGGGGGCUCUGGCAUUUCCUUUCACCAGAACAAGGGAAGAAGCUCUUUGGGCAGAAGAGAAAUGGAGGCUCGAUUUGUUGGCAGAUGCCAUUGAACCAAUGAUCUUCCAAUGGAUUAAAGACCAGAAAUAUAUAUGUUUGUACGGAGGAGAAGACCUGGAGUGGAUACAGAAAUUUACCGCCAAACUACAUGAUACUGCAAAAGCUGCUCAAAUUCCCCUCGAGAUGUUAUAUGUUGGUAAAAGCAACCUCAAGGAAAAAAUCCGUAAGAUUAAUGAUGCAAUUACUGCUCAGGGCUUUAGCCAAGUACUGCCUGAUGUAACUCUAGUGUGGUACUUCUGGGUGCGUCUAGAGAGCAUGUGGCACUCCAAGGUGCAACAAGGAAAGACGGUGCAGGAUGACCCCAUUAUGCAAGAGAUAGUUACAAUGAUGAGCUUCGAUGCAGGUGAUCAAGGGUGGGCUUUGAUCAGCAAGGGGGCAACAGAGAUGACCAAAGCCAAGGGUGAGACCAUCAUGAUAUGCUUGAAUAAUUUUGAUAUAUGGAAAGAAGAUGUCCCGGAGAAAGGCUUUGUGCAAGCAAUAAUCGAUUAUUUGCAAAUGAACCAAACACCACACCAUUGCAAUCGUCUCAUUCUACCAGGCACAACCGGGAGCGUUCCAGAUAAGGUUGUUUGUGCAGAAUGUGGCCGUGCCAUGGAGAAAUUUAUCAUGUAUCGCUGUUGUACUGACUAGGAAAUCUCACAUAAUAGGACUUCCACAAUAAGAAGCAUAGCACAAGAAUAAAAUGAACCUAACCAUAUUUCCAUUAUAA